GAUUGCCUGUCUUUGAUAAGGUCCUCACACUGUAGCUACAACUUCGUGGUCUAAGGAAAGCUUGCCAAAAGAUGGGGAGGGAAAGGUCAGAAAAUAAACCGAGCAGCCUUUAAACAAUAUUUCGUCACCAGUAACUGCACAAAACUGUGGGGUCUCCACCACUUGUUUCGCUUUUUUCUUUUCUUUUCUUUUUUUUUUGAAGGCACGAGGUUGCAAUUGUUUUUAUGCAGCUGCCGGGACCCGGCAGUCGGUUCCUCACUUUGAAGUGCGCUGCUCCAGCCUCUCGGUUCAGUUGGUGUUGGAGUCGCCUACAGGAGAGAUCUACCGUGCGGCAUGGCAGCCUGAAACCAUAGGGAGGAGAAAAGGAGGAGGCAGAAAAGCGAUAUAUAUUUUUUUCUUCCUCUCUCGAGUGCAUUUUUCUCUCUGUAAACCGACUCGAACCUGAACGGACUGUAUGUGGACGCGCUGAGGAGACCAGCAUUGUGGAUUAUAAGCGAAUUUUUGUAUGUGUGUGUAUGUAUUUGUGGAGGGAGAAGGGAAGAAAAGAAGAAACCCGGAGUUUUAAUUCGAGCUGAAGAACUCGUGGAUCGAUGAGAGAAGCCGGGCAGCCAGAGAGAAGCCCCCCCGCUGACAUAAGAGAGUGAGGAGAUUACAGUAGAAGCUCAGAGGAGGUGGAACAGCACACACGCGGGCUCUCUCCUUUCUGCCGUCAGAGCCAUGAGCCGGGCGCUUAUGGACCAUAUCGCCAGUAGUUUUCGCGAAGAUGCGCCUCGACCCCCUGUGCCCGGGGAGGAGGGCGACGCGCCCUGCUACCCCGGCAAACUCCCAGUAAUGAAACCCCUGGAGUCCCCCAAAUCCGUUCUGCUCGGCUCUCCGGGUUCCUCUGCGAGGAGGAACGAGGAUGGUCUCGGAGAGCCAGAGGGGAGUGCCUCCCCGGAUUCCCCGCUUUCCCGGUGGACAAAGUCUCUGCACUCUCUCCUCGGGGACCAGGACGGCGCUCUUCUUUUUAGGACAUUCCUGGAGCGAGAAAAAUGUGUGGACACUUUAGACUUUUGGUUCGCCUGCAAUGGAUUCAGGCAGAUGGACCUCAAGGAUACCAAAACGCAGAGAGUCGCCAAAGCAAUUUACAAGCGCUACAUCGAAAACAACAGCAUUGUCGCCAAACAGCUGAAGCCCGCGACGAAAACCUACAUACGGGAUAAUAUUAAGAAGCAGCACAUAGACUCUGCCAUGUUCGACCAGGCGCAGACCGAGAUCCAGACCGUCAUGGAGGAGAACGCGUACCAGAUGUUUCUGACCUCUGACAUUUACCUCGAGUUCGUGAGAACUGGGGGAGAGAACCCGAGUCACGUCAACUCGAACGGGCUGGCGGACCUGAAAGUUGUAUGUGGAUACCUGCCCACGCUCAACGAGGAGGAGGAGUGGAGUUGUGAUUUGAAAGCUAAAGCACUUAUUGGACUUUCGGCUAAAGCGCAGAGGGCCCCCAUUUCCCUGAGGGCAGUGGAGGUGAUGGACGGGGGAUUCAGGUCAUACAAGAGAGGAGACUCACUCAACCCCUGCCAUUCAGGCUCUUUCGCUCCUGUCAGCAGCACGAAUGACAGCGAGGUUUCCAGUGACGCCUUGACUGAUGACGCCAUGUCCGUGACUGACAGCAGUGUAGAUGGCAUCCCUCCAUAUAAACUGGGCUCCAAGAAGCAGCUACAGAGGGAGAUGCAGCGAAACAUGAGGAUGAACAGCCAAGUCUCGCUCCCUGCUUUUCCUCGUACUCGCCAUCCACCCAAAGAGAUGAUACCAAUGGAGCCAGCACAGUUUGCAGCCCAGCUCAUCGCCCGCCUGGAGAACCUGAAGAGGCAGCAGGAAACCAUGAACACGUUGGAGGAGAGGCUGCAGCAGAUUCAGGAGGAGGAGGAAAGAGAAGAUGCCGAGAUCAUGGGAAGUGCUCCCGCGCUCUCACCCCACUCCUUACCCCUCCUCUCUGGCUCCUCUGACGAGGACCCCCAGGCCAUCCUGGACGAACACCUUUCCCGCGUCCUGAAGACCCCCGGGUGCCAGUCCCCGGCCGUGAUCCGGCAUUCCCCUCGAUCCAGCUCGCCAGAACACCGGCCUUUCACAUGCGCUGGCUUCAGUGUCAAGGGCCUGGUGAGAACCGGGCCCUCCAGUUCGUCUGCAUCCAGUCCCGACCAAGGGGCGAUUACCCUGUCCCUGGGUCCCAACAGAACCCUCGUAAGCAGGCAGAGCACGAAACACAUCCACCAUCACUACAUCCACCAUCACGCUGGUCCGAAGUCUAAAGAGCAGAUCGAAAGGGAGGCAGCCCUCAGGGUGCACAGCGUGUGCUCCGGCAGCAGCGAGUGCCAGCCCUGUCAGCCGUACCAGCGCAGCCGCAGCCUAGGCAGAGAGAUGUGUGGGGCCAUCACCACAGACAACAGCAUGGGGCGUUCAAGCUCUCUAUCGAGGCGGGUGUGUCGCUCAGGGGCUGAGGAUGGAGUAGCGGAGAGGUGCAUGGAGGACUGUGGACCCUUACAGCUGCCCACUGACACAGCAGAUCCCACCCAGAAUGUGCUGCAGUGGAUCCUGGAAAGUAAACGACAGGGCAGACACAAGUCUCACAGUACCCAGAGCACCAAGAAAUCCUUUGGAGGCUCAUCUACUCAGACACACACGUGGGGCGGGGGUGGAAGCUGCGGCCACCUACGUGGUCACCAGCCGGCCCAGCCAUUCAUCCAAGACCCAGCUAUGCCUCCGCUCCCUCCUCCCAACACUUUGGCGCAGCUGGAGGAGGCCUGCCGCAGACUGGAGGAGGUAUCCACCAAGCCCACCAAGCAAAGGCAUUCAGCGUCCAGCCUUCAGCGAGAGAAGACCCACCUCAUGCCUGUUCAGGACGGGGCGUCUGUCCCCCUGCCGCUCGUCAGUCCCAGCCCCGCUGGCGUCCCCGCGACCAGUCUCCAAUCAGAAGAGUGUAAGAAGGGUUCAGGAAGCCACGCGGUGAGCAGCGGGGAGACAGUGGUGACGUACUUCUUCUGCGGUGAGGAGAUUCCUUAUCGGAGGACCAUGAAGAGCCACAGUCUGACAUUGGGUCACUUCAAAGAGCAGCUCCGCAAGAAGGGCAACUACAGGUACUACUUCAAGAAGGCCAGCGACGAGUUCGAGUGCGGCGCCGUGUUCGAGGAGGUGUCCGACGACUGCUCCCUGCUCCCCACCUACGAGGGGAAGAUCUUGGGAAAGGUGGAGAGGAUGGAGUGAGCGCUGCCGGAGUUGAUCAAUAACUCUGCGGAUGAGCCUCCUUCAUGUGCUCUCACACAUGUACGCAGCGUGUGUGUGUGUGUGUGUUUUUUUUAAGCUAAGACUUGAAGGACUGGAGAUGUUGUUGAAGGAACGCUGGUUUUUGGGCAUGCGGACUGGAAGCGCGGGACAAGAUAUCCACAUUACCGGACUAUCAAGUGAAAAGCUCAUCUAGAAGUGAAGAAAACGUGGACUUUAUGCUGCUGGGCUCAAAACUUCCCAGAAGAGGAAUAUCUAGAGACUCUAGGUGAAUGACCACUUGUCAAAGAAGCAGGGCGCUGUGGGUUUAAUUUGAAACUGAGAGCCUACUUGAACCCUCCCCGUGCCAGUGUCUGCCUAUAGUUGCUCACUAGCGCAUUACUAAUAUGUAUACGCAGAUAUACAUGUACAUUGCAUUGUAUUGUGAUGCUCGUAUUGCUGUGUAAAGAUUUCUAUAGCUAUUUAUUGGAAAUACCCCUUUCCCAAAUCCUAUCCAUCUUCUACUUCCAUGGACAAGCUGCUUGGAGUUGGACAAACUUCUCGAAUUAUCCACAUCUGUGAACGCCCCACCCUACUCCACCCAACCCUCUCCUUCUGAGCAUCAGUUCUCAAGCAAAGGUUUUUAUUCCUUUUCAGCCCCUCAUAUUGAACUGUAAACAUCAACAAUACCUCUUCAAGAACUCCACUCCCACUCCGGGACAUCUCCGCUCUCCUGGCCGGAGAGCUAACUGCUGAAGCUUUGAGAAUGGCUCUCUUAUCACUUAAAAGUUCGAUAAUAUAUUUACUACUGCAGUGCUAUUUGUGGAUGUGUCCCCGUCUGCUCUUAGGGGUGGGGGGGGUCUUCAGUGUGCUAUGGAAUUUAAAACAAAAAAGAAAAAAAUGCUAUUAAUGUUUAAUUCCAUACUCUGGGACUGUGCCCAGCUAGCCUUGAUCUGUCACGUCUUAGUGCCUUUGUUUCAGCGGCGCAGGCAUCGCACAAAUAGCCUAUAUAUUUACGAGGAGGAAACUGCCCUGAACAGGUCUUUGAGUCCCCAAAAUGUGUUUACACCAUAUUCAUAUUUACCAAGAAAAAGUUCUAUAAUGUGUUCCCCUAUGUGCUUACCUGUUAGUGAGUGAGUGUGUGUGUGUGUGUGCGUGACUGAGAGUAUUUUAAGCCUGCACUAUGAGCUGCAGAUGCUAAUGAUGGUGGUGAUAUAUAUCUAUAUAUAUAUAUAUAUAUACACUAUGUUCAUAGUGUCUUUAUUUGAGUACAGUAGCUGUGCCUACAUGGAUUCUUGCCAUGUUUUUCACCCAGUUUUCAGGGUCCUGUUACUCCCUUGGUUUUUACAAGGGGCCUUAUGUUGAAAAGAUAUUUUUAUGCCUUUUAGUAUCAUCAUGUUUAUGUUUUAUGGUAUUUUUCAUGGCUUCCUUGGUUCUUCUUGUAAACUGUAAAUUAUGCGUUCUAUAGAGCUCAGUUGAAAAGAUGCCUCGGUACUUUAAUUAUUGUAAUUAUGAAGAGAUGUA